CCAUCUCGCAGCUCGCCCACCAUGGCGGCGCCUCCACCCAGCGACGGCAGCAAGGGCAAGGGCAAGGCGCCCGCGGCUGCAGACGCGCAACCGCCCGCCUCAAGCCGCUCGUCGGCACCGCUCCUCUCGUACCUGCCCAGCGCCGCCGACCUCGCCUCGCUCAUGGCCGGGCAGGGCAAGCCGGGACUGCAGCUGCCGCAGGGCCAGAGCGCCGCAGCGCACGAGCUCGGCGCCGACGCACGGAGCUCUGCAAGUGCCAGCGCACGGGCUGGCCAAGCCGGUUCGGGCCGCAGCGCGUUCCGAGAGGCCAACGCGGAGAGAGCCUCGCACUCUGGCGAUGCAGAGAUGCAGGCAUUUGCCGCAGGUGCAAGCGCGAGCGCAGAGGAGGCCUGGAAGCCCGGACAGCUGCAGCGCGAGCUCUACGUCGGGCCAUACGCAUCCAGCUCGGCGCUCGACGCCGCCUUCCACCAGCACGUGCGUGCCUCUGAGGUCGAGCCGAUGCGCUCCGCCACGAGGCAGCCGCAGCGGACAGCACUGGAGGCAAGGACUGCCCCACACUGCGAGCCGCGCUGCGAUGAGAUGCAGAUGGCAUGGGACGGAGCAGCAGCACCGGCGACGGUGUCCAGCAGCGCGAGUGCGCCCCUUGACUUCAUGUCUGCGCUCGACGCCGAGGAGAGCGACGAAGUGUUGCAUCCCGCGCCUUCAAUACCCACCGAUGUGCCGCCCGGGCUAGCGAGCGAAUGGCGGCCACCGUCUCCGAGCCGGCCGCCAGAGAUGACGGCCGAGCAGUUCCUGAUGCACCGCGACUUGGCACAUGCGCAGGACGACGACAUCCCGACGCUGGCAGCGCCCACUGCGCGUGCCGAUGCGCUCCACAACGUCAUCGGCUCGCGUGCUGCCGAGCGCGUGCGGCCGGCAGACGACUUGCCUGGGCAGGGCGUGUACGCACCAACGCCCGAGGAGGCGUUUGCCGAGAUACUGGGAGACGAGAGCCAGACGAAGCAGGAGAAGCACGGCGCCGUCAAGAGUCUCCGGACCUGGCUGGGCCCCGGCAGCUACGUCGAUGAGGUCUUUGGGUUCCCGCUCCUCUCGCGCACGCUGCGGGAGGCAUCGAGGUCCGUGGCGCAAGACCCGGACCUCCAGGCGCGCGCUGUGGCCCGCCUCGAGGCGCUCACGCGGCACCUGAGCCUCUCUGGCUUGCGGCCGGGCGAGGCGAGCAACGCAGCGACAGCAGAGCGCUGGCUGCAGCAGCGCGUGGACGGUGGGGAAUAGAUUGUGCAGUUGAGCAGAGUGUACAUGCAUGUGUCCUUGCGCACCAGGCAUCCAGUGAACGAGGCGGC